AUGACUGACAACACCAACCCCGGAAACUUUGCCAACCGCCCCAAGGAGGAGGUUCAAAAGAUCGCCAGCAAGGGCGGCCAGUCCAGCCACCAAGGUGGCUUUGCCGGCAUGGACGCUGACAAGCAGCGGGAAAUCGCGUCCAAGGGUGGCCAAGCCUCGAGCGGCAGCUUCGAGCCCAACGACCCCCGUGCCAAAGAAGCUGGUCAAAAGGGCGGCAAGGCCAGUGGCAACACUCAGCCGGAUGAGUAA